ACGUUGGCAGCCAUUGCUGGAAUCAGUCACGGUCAUCAUCAGGUGUUGCGGCUGGCGUCGACGAGGCAACCCAAGAACCAUCGCAUCGUCCCUGCUUGAAGAACUGCACCCUUGCAAGUAUUUGAAUCUUGUAUCAUCUUGUUAGCUUGCUGCGCGCGGCGGUGGUCAAUUAUUGGAUUGAUUCUUUGGUUUCGAACAACUUUGGAUCGGAUCAAUCCGUGUUGGGGUGUAUAUAUAUACAUAUGGAGUGUGCCGACUACCUGAUCGCCACGGGCCGGUCGACGGCGGCGUUGGGCCCGUCGCGGUGGAUGAAGAAGUGGCGGAAGGCAAUGAACGUCAUCCGGACGUGCCACAGGCUGAACCGCCUCAGCUUCCUCAACGCGGGCAUCUUGCGCCGCACCGGGUCCUACGUCGCCAUCAAGAUCCUCGCCGGUGCCGAAGACGACGGCUCUGAGUCCGACGCCGCGGAAUUCUCCGUCGCGGCAGACGACAAGGACUUCAAGGGCCUGGUCAAGUUGAAGCUCCUCGACUGCUUCCGCCGCCUCGGUGGCGGGGUGGGGAUCGCCGCGGCGCUGGUGUCCGGCGCGGAGGGCGGCAUUCGCGGGGACGAGCGCGACGUGCGCCGCCGCCGCGAGGCGUUCGGCGGGAACACGUACCCGAGGCGGAAGCCCAAAAGCUUCUGGAGCCAUGUCUGGGACGCGCUCAGUGACGUAUUCCUCAUCGUGCUCCUCGUCUGCGCGGGGGUCUCCCUCGGCUUCGGCAUCAAGGAGCACGGGCUCAAGGACGGGUGGUACGACGGCGUCAGCAUCUUCCUGGCCGUGUUCCUGGUCGCGGUGGUGUCCGCGGUCAGCAACCACGGCCAGGCCAAGCGGUUCGACAGGUUGGCCAGCGAGUCCGACGACAUCGCCGUCACCGUCGUCCGCGGCGCUCGGAGGCAGGAGGUCUCCAUAUUCGACCUCGUCGUGGGAGACGUGGUGGUGCUGAAGAUCGGCGACGUCGUUCCGGCCGACGGCGUGUUUCUAGAGGGGCACGCGCUUCAGGUGGACGAGUCUAGCAUGACCGGCGAGCCCUACCCGGUGGACGUCGACGCCGAGAAGAGCCCCUUCCUCGUCUCCGGCGUCAAGGUCAUCGACGGCUACGGCAGGAUGCUCGUCACGGCCGUUGGCACGGACACUGCGUGGGGUGAGAUGAUGAGCACCAUCACACGGGAGAACACGGACCCGACGCCGCUGCAGGAGCGCCUCGAGGGCCUCACGUCCAGCAUCGGGAAGGUUGGCAUCGCCGUUGCAGUGCUCGUCUUCGCAGUGCUCACCGCGCGCCACUUCACCGGCAGCACCAGGAACGAGCAGGGCAAGCCGCUGUUCGACAAGGAGCACGUCACAUUCAACUCUGUGUUCAGUGCGCUCGUUUCCAUAUUUCAGCAGGCCGUGACCAUCAUCGUCGUCGCCAUCCCCGAGGGCCUCCCGCUCGCGGUGACGCUGACGCUCGCCUUCUCCAUGAAGCGGAUGGUCAAGGAGCACGCGCUUGUACGCACGCUCUCGGCGUGCGAGACAAUGGGCUCCGUCACCGCCAUCUGCACCGACAAGACCGGGACGCUCACGCUCAACCAGAUGAUGGUGACCGAGUUCUGGGUCGGCACCGACCGGCCAAAGUCGGCGGCCGCGGUCGCCGGCGGCGUCGUCAGCUUGCUGUGCCAGGGUGCCGGGCUCAACACCACCGGAAGCGUGUACAAGCCGGACAACAUCUCGCCGCCGGAGAUAUCCGGCAGCCCGACGGAGAAGGCGCUGCUAUCGUGGGCCGUGGCGGAGCUCGGGAUGGACGCCGACGCGUUGAAUAGGAGCUGCAAGGUGGUGCGCGUCGAGGCGUUCAACUCCGACAAGAAGCGCAGCGGCAUGCUUAUCAGGGACAACACGACCGGCGCGGUGAUCGCGCACUGGAAAGGCGCGGCGGAGAUGAUCUUGGCGAACUGCUCGACGUACGUCGGUGCAGACGGCGCGGCACGUGAUCUCGGCGCGGAGCAGAGGAGGAACCUUGAGAAGGUCAUCAGCGACAUGGCGGCUGGCAGUCUUCGUUGCAUUGCGUUCGCCUACAAGCAGGCCGACGGAGAACGCUCGAAGAUCGACGACGAGGGGCUGACACUGCUGGGCUUCGUCGGCUUGAAGGACCCGUGCCGGCCAGAGGUCAAGGCCGCCAUCGAGGCCUGCACGAAGGCAGGCGUCGCGGUCAAGAUGGUCACUGGUGACAACGUCCUCACAGCCCGGGCCAUCGCCAAGGAGUGCGGCAUCAUCUCAAACAACGAUCGGGACGGCAUUGUCAUCGAGGGCCACGAGUUCCGCGCCAUGUCGCCGGAGCAGCAGGUCGUGAUCGUGGACCGCAUCCUUGUGAUGGCACGGUCGCUUCCCAUGGACAAGCUGGUGCUGGUGCAGCGGCUAAAGCAGAAGGGCCACGUGGUCGCGGUCACCGGCGAUGGCACCAACGACGCGCCGGCGCUCAAGGAGGCCGACGUGGGCCUGUCCAUGGGCGUCCAGGGAACCGAGGUCGCCAAGGAGAGCUCCGACAUCGUCAUCCUCAACGACAACUUCGACACGGUGGUGACGGCCACUCGCUGGGGCCGGUGCGUCUACAACAAUAUCCAGAAGUUCAUCCAGUUCCAGCUCACCGUCAACGUCGCCGCACUGAUCAUCAACUUUGUGUCUGCGGUGACCACGGGUAAGAUGCCGCUGACGACCGUGCAGCUCCUGUGGGUGAACCUGAUCAUGGACACCAUGGGCGCCCUGGCGUUGGCGACGGACACGCCCACCAAGGCACUCAUGCGUCGCCCGCCCAUUGGUCGCACGGCGCCGCUCAUCAGCAACGCCAUGUGGCGCAACCUCGCCGCGCAGGCGGCGUUCCAGGUGGCCGUGCUUCUGGUACUCCAGUACCGUGGUCGCGCCAUCUUCGGCGUCGGCGAGAAGGUGAACGGCACCAUAAUCUUCAACGCGUUCGUGCUCUGCCAGGUGUUCAACGAGUUCAAUGCGCGGGAGAUCGAGAGCAGGAAUGUGUUCGCCGGCGUGAUUCGGAACAAGAUGUUCCUGGGUAUCAUCGCCGUGACGCUCGCCAUGCAGGUGCUGAUGGUAGAACUGCUCACGAGGUUCGCCGGCACUGAGAGGCUCGGCUGGGCCCAGUGGGGCGUUUGCUUCGCCAUUGCCGCCAUGUCGUGGCCGAUCGGCUGGGCCGUCAAGUUCAUCCCCGUGCCGGACCGGCCGCUCCAUGAGAUCAUGGCAGGGUGGAAAUUCUUCUAGGCAUAUCUGAUCAUAUAGCUUAGUUGAUUAUCCAUGUAAUUAUUCGAUUCUUUCGGUCUCAUCAGUGCUACAUUUUUUUUCUCCUUAGGAAUCGCAUCUAUAUUACGAUGGU